GCCGCGGGGGGGGGGGGCGGCCAUGGCGGUGCCGCCGCCGCCGCCGCCGGGCCCCGAGCAGGCCCCGCGGUACCAGGAGUGGAUCCUGGACACCAUCGACUCGCUGCGUUCGCGCAAGGCGCGGCCGGACCUGGAGCGCAUCUGCCGCAUGGUGCGGCGGCGGCACGGCCCCGAGCCCGAGCGCACCCGCGCCGAGCUGGAGAAGCUGAUCCAGCAGCGCGCCGUGCUCCGCGUCUCCUACAAGGGCAGCAUCUCGUACCGCAACGCCGCCCGCGUGCAGCCGCCGCGCCGCCCGCCGCCGCCCGCCCGCCGCCCGCCGCCCGUCAGCCUCCGCGACACCGCGCGGCUGCUCGGCGGCGACGGCCGCCUCACCCGCGGCCGCCUGCAGGGCUCGGCCGCGCCCGGCGGCGCUGGGGGGGCGGCCGGGGCGGCCCCCGGGGCGGGCGGCGGCGGCGGAGCGGGCGGCGGGGCCCGGCCCGAGCGCACCCGGCUGGGCGCCAUCGCCACGGCCCGCGGGGAGCGCGGGAGAGCGGCGGCGGGGAGGGCGCGGAAGCCCCCCUGCAGCAGCAGCGAGGCCUCAGCACGGGAGGAGGAGGAGGAGGAGGAGGAUGAGGACGAGGAAGACGAGGACGGGACGGGCUCCGAGGCCUCGGAGGAGGCGGGGCCGCCGCGGCAGCUGAACGGGGAGGGCCGGGGGGGGCCCCCCCUGCGCCCCCCGGGGCAGCCGCCCCCCGAGCGGCCCCCCCAGGCCAAGGCCUGCGCCCCGGGGGAGGGGGGCUGCCAGCACAUGGCCCCCCUCAAAAAGGAGGGGGCGUUUGGGCAGCCCGACAGAGCAGUGUCCCCGGCGCUGGCCGGCGCAGAGCCCUCGGUGCCGCUGUCCCCAGGCCGGCCGGGCCCCCAGGCCGCCGAGGGGGCGCCCUUCAGCUGCACGGCCGGCCGCAAGGACAAGGCCGUGGAUCCGGUGGAGUGGUCAGUGCGGGACGUGGUCGAGUAUUUCACUGAGGCCGGCUUCCCCGAGCAGGCUGGGGCCUUCCAGGAGCAGGAGAUCGACGGCAAGUCCCUGCUGCUGAUGCAGAGGGCCGACGUGCUGACCGGGCUCUCCAUCCGCCUGGGCCCCGCCCUCAAGAUCUACGAGUACCACGUGAAGCUGCUGCAGCGCAGCCACUUCCAGGACGAGGAGCCGCCCCCGGAGCCCUUCCCGGCCUGAGACCCCCCAGAAACCCGGGGGGCGCCCCCAGACCCGCGGGGGCGCCUCCCCCCCCUGCUGCUGCACACAGAGACUUUGUGGGGGG